CUGUCUAGGAAAUGAGAAUACGAAGGCAGAAGUGCUGGGGCUUGUGUCAGUGACGUGGGAGCGAGUGGUGGAGGUGUGCAGGCAAGAAUUGGUCUGACUGAGUACACAGCAAAUAUACUUGCGACAUAUAGUGGCGAUUCAAGUUGAUGAGAAGAGGCAGAUUGUUAAGAAGCAAGUGAAACUUUGGGGGCUGACUGCAGCUGGAAAAUGGGUGAGUCCAGUAUCUGCCAGGUGAGGGCGACAGUCAUGCUGUAUGACAACACCAACAAGCGAUGGGUGCCUGCAGGAUCUGACACUCAGCCGUCCUUAAGCCGUGUCCAGAUCUAUCACAACCCCCCGGCCAACACCUUCAGAGUGGUGGGCCGCAAAGUGCAGGCCGACCAGCAGGUGGUGAUCAACUGUCCUAUUAUCAAAGGGAUGAAGUACAAUCAGGCCACACCAAACUUCCACCAGUGGCGGGAUCCCAAGCAGGUGUGGGGGCUGAACUUUGGCAGUAAAGAGGAUGCUGCUCUCUUUGCCAGCUCCAUGACGCAUGCAUUGGAGGCUCUCAGCGCACCGGCAGGCACAGGUCCAGCUCACAAUGAACCCUCUGCACAGGAGCUGGAAAACCAGAGAAGACUAGAGCGUCAGAAGCAAGAGCAGCAGGAGAGGGAACGCAUGGAGAGAGAGAGGCAGGCCUCUGCUGCUGCACCUGCCCCUCCAGCUCCUCCAGCUCCUCCUGCCCCACCAGGCGCCCCUCCAGCACCCCCACCACCUCCAGGCCCGCCGCCUUCCUCAGGACCAUGCCCACCUGCACCUCCACCACCUCCUCCUACUGGGGGCCUGGUCCCACCUGCACCACCCCCACCCCCUGCUGGAGGGAGUGGAGGUGGAGGGGGAGGGGGGAAUGAUCUAGCGGCAGCUCUGGCUGGAGCCAAACUGCGUAAAACAGUCAAGGAUGAAGAAGCCCCCAAACCAGCACCCUCAUCUGGUGGAGGUGGAGGUGGAGGUGGAGGUGGAGGAGGGAAUCUAAUGGGAGAAAUGAGUGCUAUCCUUGCUAGGAGGAGGAAAGCUGCUGAUAGCCCUGCUGCAAAAAAGGAGGAUUCCGACUCCUCAGUAUCAAAAGUCUCAGGACCAGGAGCAGAACUCAAUGGAAAGUCCAAGGAAAUAUCUGCCACCAUGCCAAGGAUCAAAUCAGUAACCAACAAUCAAAGGGACUCCAGUCCAAGUCCCAGCUCAUCCAAUUCUCCCUCCUCCAGGAUGAAGGUGAUGAAAAAGAACUCCGAGGCUACAGGAGGAGAAAUUGAUAUGGAGCGAUUUAAACAGGAAAUCAUUGAAGAAGUGAAAAAAGAACUUCAGAAAGUGAAGGACGAGAUAAUCAAAGCACUGAUCCAGGAGCAGAUAAGUGCGCAGCCAGUGGGUGAAGAUUCCUGAAAGACUGAAGAAUGAGAGAGAAUAAUGAAUAGAUGUGAAUGUUUUAUCAUGCAAUGCUCAGGAAAUUUACACAUUUGUCCCUGAUAGAGAUAGUUUUAUUUUUACACAGUCCAGCAUGUCUGGAAUUUCUGUGCUACAGUUUCUUAUUACACAGUACAGUAUUAUGCAGCUACCCAUGAUCCUUUCUCUUUUUGCAUGUGAGAGGAUACACAUUGUAUCUCAAACUGCAGUUUGCCUUUAACAGAUUAAUGUUUCAUCUUCCAGUUUCAGUGGAACAUCCUACGUCCGCCCUACAGUCAUGCUUCCCUUGUGCCAUGGUAUGCAUAACUAUAUAACAAUAAAUACACAAUACAAAAAACAAUAACAUGAGAUAAUAAAUGCUACCAUGCAAGA